UCAUAGUGGCAAUUCAGGCUCUAUAUAUUUCUAUUCAAGAUGUCAAAUCAAUAUCCUAACUACUAUCCCGGCAACAACUCAUACUAUUUCCCAGACCAAUAUUUUACCAAUGCCCAUGGCAAUAACUAUAUUCCUCAGGCCCAAGAUACUGCUUCGUCGGUUCAGUACGUGAACCCCUCGUACCAAGUUCCUACAACCCCCAAGCAAAGCCUUCUACCUUCGAGUCAACACUCUACUCCACUUAGCCAACUCCCUCUCCCUAAUAAAGGUUCCUCGAGUCAACCAACUUCCUCAAGCAAAUCAAACAAUCGGAAACCUCACAGUUGUGACGACCCAGCAACAUGCGGUUGGUGUAAAAGGAAGAAUCGUUCGGGUCUAGGAUUCUGUGAGUACUUGAAGUGUAACAGUCCGAGGUCCCCUACGAGCAUGCGUCUUUGCGAAAAGCACCUCCAAGAGCGCACGUCAACCAGGGCGGCGUACCGCAAGAAAAAUGGGGAGCAGAAUAAGUGCAAAUCCUGUCCCAGAGAGAGAGUGGCAGAGCGAAUGUUUUGUGAGAUGCACCUUGAAAAUAGGAGGGCAGAUGCGAAAAGGCAACGUGAAAAUCAACAUUCUCAAGCCUCCACUAGUGGCAAUAGAACUUCGGGUUCACAACCAACAAACCCCAGUUAUUAUACCCAGAGUCAAGGGAUGGAAUACCCACAGGGACAGCAUCAGCUUAGCAGCAACCUGCAGAGCAACAUGCAGAACUAUUCGCAGACGGCAUACAACAAUACCUUCACACAACUAGACUAUUCUUAUUAUCCAUCGCCGAACCAGUCCCAUGACCAAACAUGGAAUCAAUUCUGGGGAGUCUAGAGACAAGAAGGAUAUGGGCAUAUAGAAUUAUGAGAGCUGUUUGAGCUGUUGGAUGGAUAACAUUAGCGAAGGUAUGAAGAAGGACCUCAUUUUUAUGGACCGAUGAAAAGGGGGUGGGCAUUUAUUGCAAUGUACUCGGGUAAUGGUCUCCUUAAGAACAGCUGGAGUUGUUAAGUAGGUACGGUCUACUAGUUUGGCUAUGUGGUUAGCGUUGAUUGAUGAUUUAAUUGCAGGCGAUAUAUCUGCAUCAUAGUAAUUCCUAUUCCUAUUUCUUUAGAAAGAAAGAAGGACGGAUGUUGUUGAAG